UAGCGCAUUGACGGUGACGUCGUCUGCUAGGUGCACAAGAACGGAGGAAAGUGAGCUCCUAGAGUUUUUCAAAUGCUUUGUGCUACGAAAACAGUCGCAUGGCAUCGUAAUAUUUCGUGCAUCAAUUAGAUCGUCCGUUUUGAUGAGAAAGUUUCCCAUGCCCUGGUUGUUGUGGCACGCAUGUGAACUCGUUAAUUAUCGACUUAAACCCGCCAUCACGUUGCUACACUGCGUGUUUCUGUGCCUCAGUGCAACCACGUUGUCUGGCUCAUCCGGCAGGAUGGGUAGCAUAUCAGCACAGCCAAAAACAAUGAGAUAUUGCAGCGCUGAUGGCUGCCAAGAGUGUCCCCCGUCAGCAGUGACACCCACCAGGCCUUACUUCAGGACGGCCCUGGCCCGUUCUGUGUAUUCCAAGAUCCUGGUGGACGAAGAGUUCAAGAACUUCGACAGGACCAAGUGGUAUAAGGUGAAUGUUGAAGCUUUGGAGCCGGAGGCCGGCGAGCUGUUCCUCGAGCUGGACUCUACGGACGCGGAGACGCAGGUGUUUCUGGAGCGAUGCCAAGAGCGUUCGGACGCCGUUUUUACCCAGCUCUUCCACCUGGUGGCCCGCACGCUUCUCGCUCCUUUCGUCAGCCAGACGUCGAUUAACGGGAUCUUGAGAAGAGGAUCGAUGUUCGUCAUUUCCGACGGGCAAUUCCGGAAGCUCUUCCACCUUGCCGAUGAUUAUCGAGCCGAACGGAUGUUGGACCUGGGCGCUGGCGAUGGCGCUACCACCGCCUUACUGGCCAGCAUGUUUGGCAGCGUUCACGUCACUGAAAUGUCUUGGCCCAUGAAGCGGAUCCUGGCCGCUAGAGGCUUCACGAUUGAGGAUGUCGAAGGAUGGAGCCAACGUCCAGAUGGUUACGACGUCAUAUGCGCCCUCAACUUGCUGGAUCGGUGCUCACGUCCGCUCACGCUCCUCGAACAGAUGAAGACCGUCCUCAAACCCAACGGCUUGGUGCUGGUGGCGAUCGCCUGGCCUUUCCGGCCUUACGUCGAGUUCUCUUCCACCGGAGAUCAUCAACCGGAACAGGUGCUGGACAUUGAAGGCCAGAGUUUCGAGGAGCAGGCCGUCAGUAUGAUGCGAAACGUGCUGAAGCCGUUGGGUUUUCGGGUCGUCUCUUGGUCGCGAUUGCCUUACCUGUGCGAAGGUGAUUUGGAGCGCACCUUCUACCAUUUGAAUGACAUGAUCUUCGCCCUCAAAUCGGAAUGAUUUUCUUUUUUUUUUUUUUUUUUUAUUAACUUGGGAAAACCCUUUUCCUAAUUUGUUUCAUCCGUCGCUCAUUCCUAGCAUUCCUUCUAAUCAUUCUGUAAAGGUAAUCUUUAGCCCCGCUAGAUGGCAGCACGACUAAAGGUCAACCUAAGGGUAAAUCAAUGGUUAUCAAUCAAAAAAAACCAAAUCUAGACGAUAAGAAUUCCUUUUGAAAAACAAAUGAUACUUUUAAUUGAAUAUUCGGAUGUGAGAUAAAUUCUUGCCAAAAAAACACAAAAACCUUUUGUAUCGGUAGAGAAGGGACCCUUCGAUAAACUAUCAGCUGACAAUCUAGAAAUUAUUAUUAUUCUUAUCUUUUUUGUCUUGAAUCGCCAAACAUAAUUAACGUGACGAUCAAAUCAAAUGAUCGUGUCGUAGAGUUUGUUUUCCCCCCGUUGUCUGCCAAAAAACCACCUGCCACACCGUCUGUAAAUGACGAUUGUGUAGCGCAAAACGCUUGAACGAUUCGAGAGCAUUGUCAUUUCAUACAUUAACUGAGAGACGGGCAGACGCGACGCUCUUCACUGCUCGUUGAUGCCACCGUAAGCGUGACAGUUUCACUUUGUUAUUAUUAUUAUUAUUAUCAUUAUCAUCAUUAUCGACACGAAGCGAAAAUAAGAAUUCGUGUGUUUUUCUUCAUCUUUUUUUUUUUUUUUUUUUUCUUGUUCAAUCCCAUUGUUUAGGUGCGCCGCAAUUUCCCCAAAGAAGAGGAAGUUAAUGAAUGCCGUAAAAAAAAAAAAAAAUAAGCAACACGGAAAGCAAUCUUUAUAUUGAACCAAUUAUUCCGUUGCUGCUGGAAAUGGCAGUCGUUUACGUAUACGAAAAAAAAAAAAAAAAAAAAAAAAAAGAAAACAUGAACGAGGAAAAAGCGAGCUGUCGGUGUUGCCAUAAUCAUAUACGGACGUAUUCCGGCCAACCGGUUAAUGCAACAUUUGCGGUAGUGGCUUUCAAUCGGCACUCGCCCGUUGUCGCGAGUUAUUUAAAAUAAAAAAAAAAAAUAAAAGAAAAGAAAAUAAAGGACUUCAACCUAUUGACAAGUUUCGAAAAAGAGUUGCAGCUCGGGCUGAAAGGUAAUCAUAAAAAUAAAGAUAUGUUUGGACGUAUUAAUCUUUUUCCGAUGGAAGCCGUAGCGGAAAUUGCGGUACCCUUCGAUGGUCAAGUAGGAUGCCGAAGAAGUUAGACGAAAGAGAAGAAAGAAAAACAAAAAACAACAAAAAAACCAGUUGGAAAAUAACAAAAAUAAAGGCCGCGCUACUCAUUUUCUUUUUUUUUUUUUUUUCCGUAAAAACAACACCAACCGACCAAAAAUGUGUCGGUUAAAAACAAAAAUAAUUGCCGGGCGGGGGGAUUCCUUUUUGGCUAGAACUUUUUU